AUGGGGAGCCAGAGUAGUCCCAAUGGUUGGUGGUCUAAGAAUGAAAUGGUCUAUGGAGAUGACGACCCUUUCCUCUUUCAAAACCAAAUGCCUUCAGUAGAGUACUUAAGUAGUGGGUAUUCUCUAAUGGAUUGGCAGUAUGAAUUGCCUAUAGUAGAGAGCUUUCUAGAUGCCUUUCCCUUGAUGCAGGAGAGAUUCCCUACUGAUGAUGAUCCUCUGUAUACACCUUUGGAACUUGAAUCAAUUGCCACAAGUACUGUAAUUCAAGAUGAUGUUUGCUAUGGUUAUGGGAGUCGGUUAGGAGUUUGGAAUGAGAUGGAUACUAACAUUAAACCUGAGAACCAAGAUUUAAUGUUGUGCGAAAAUGAUAAAAAGGACACGGACCGGAGUGAAGAGGAGGGGAAGAUGAAGAGAGAUUGCAGGGAAGAGAGAUGCAGCAGUAGUUCAAGAUUAUUGUCCAGGAAAACCAUUUCUCAGUUGUUUUACAUGCCCAUAAUGCAGGCAGCCAAAGAGCUUAACGUGGGUCUCACACUUUUGAAGAAAAGGUGUAGGGAGUUAGGUAUUCGUAGGUGGCCCCAUCGGAAGCUGAUGAGCCUUCAAACCCUAAUAAAAGACAUAGAGGUGUUGGGUAAAGAGGAAGGAGAAGAGAGUGAAGCAAAAUUGAGAAAUGCAAUAGAGAUAUUAGAGAGGGAGAAGAAGUUGUUGGAGGAAAUCCCAGAUAUGCAACUUGAGGACAACACGAAGCGGCUAAGGCAAGCUUGUUUUAAAGCUAACUAUAAGAAGAGAAAGCUCGGAAGGGAUCGAUCGAUGAUGUAA